AUGGUUAACAUAACCGCCGCCGGCGAGGGUAUCACCGGCGGCUAUAGGGGCAGCUCACUGGGCAUACAAAUCACUAUCGCCACUCUCGCAGGUGUGACUUGGUACAAUGCCUUUGAGCUCGUCACUCUUCUCUUCGUCACUUUCUCCCAAUAUCGGGGUCUGUACUUCUGGAGCUUACUCAUUUGCUCCAUUGGUCUAGUCCCAUACUCACUGGGAUUCCUUAUGAAGUUCUUUGAUCUCACCUCUGCCAAAUGGUUGCCCGUUGCACUCCUUACCAUCGGGUGGUGGUCUAUGGUGACGGGCCAAUCUGUUGUCUUGUACUCACGCCUUCAUUUGGUAAUAUCCAAUCACCGAAUCCUACGACGCGUUCUAGCCAUGAUCGUGAUCGACGCUAUCGCGUUGCACAUCCCAACCACCAUCUUAACUUUCGGCUCCAACCUGGCCAACCCCAAUGACGCAUAUAUCCGGGGAUAUAACGUGAUGGAGAAGAUACAAAUGACCGGGUUCUGUAUACAGGAGUUCAUCAUCUCCGGUCUAUACAUCUGGGAAACGGUGCGCAUGUUACGACUCGAUCCGGACCGCGCCAAGCGCAAGAUCCAGUGGCAGCUCCUCACUAUCAACACCAUAAUCAUCAUUUUGGACUUGGGUCUUCUGGUGGCCGAAUACAUGAACUACUAUAUCAUGGAAACCAUGCUCAAGGGCGCCGUCUACAGCAUCAAAUUGAAGCUUGAGUUCGCCGUCCUCGGCAAGCUCGUUCACUUGGUCCACAACCAUGUCUGGAAACCCGAAUCCUUCUCCGGGCCUGAGAACCUCCCUGAUUUUGUCGAUGCGACUCGUGUUCCCUCCGACCUUACCCAUGCCGCUCCAACGUUGCAUCCCCGAUCUCCGGACUGGAUGGACGCCGACGAUAUCUCGAUCGCCAUGUUUGAGCAUUCCCCUCCUACCAACUCCUCUGACGCAUCUAGCGAUAAUCGUACCGUUCAUCCUAAUGACUUUACAAAUCCCUUUAUCCGAUAUCAGCGACACUCGUCUCGUAUGUCUGAAAAGCCACAGAAAGCAGGGUAA